AUGGGCUGCUGCUUUGGUGCCCCUUUGCAAAGGGAUCUUUCAUUAUGGUGCACAGGUGAAGAGCCGGAUUCCUGUUCUCCCACCCCAGCCGUACUUCUGCCCACUUGGUCCAGUCUGCAGAACUACACAGCUGAGCCUCAAGAAAAAUGUUUCCCGGAGGAGACCAUGGCAUCAGGUAACCCCAGGCAGCUGGGUCCAGGCGAUCAGCCUGCACAGGUAGCAGAGAGCCCUCUGGAGACCGAGUCCGUGUCAUUGGCUGUAGGGGAAGGAUUUCCAACUGCCGUGUUUCAUUUUAAAGAGAUUGCGCUCGUGUUCUCUGUUGAGAGUCGCGCUUCUCAGUGUGUCAACUCCCAGCUGCAGGAGGCAGCAAGGAAGAAGCUUUGGGCCCUGGAAAAUGAUGACAAGGAUGUCUGUGAUCUUUUCAAGGAGCUGUCAGCCAGGCUGGUCUGUAUCCGGGCCCAGAAGGAUCAGUUCCUCCUCACCUUCAAGACCAUAGAAGAAAUCUGGAAGUUUUCCACAUAUUUGGCUUUAGGCUAUGUGGCUUGCUGUUUGGAGCAUCUUCUCUUCGACCAUGGGUACUGGCUGAACUGUUCUUUGGUGGAGGAUACUGAGAUCAGAAUUACUGUAGAUGAAGAUCACUUGGCCACCAUGUACCUGGGUCUGCUACUCCAGGAAGGUCACUUCUUUUCCAGAGCAGUGCUCAAUGUGCUUCAACCCAUGGAGGGGGGAGAGGAAAGCUUAAAGCUCCACGAGAACGAGCUAGUCCACGUGAAGGACAUUGGGAAAGAAUCGAAAUGGGAAGGGAUGUCCUUAUCGACAGGUCAGCGAGGCCUGGUGGCUGUGGCAGCCAUAGAGCCACUGUCCCACCCAUUUUACCAGUGGUUUCUGAAGAACAAUCCAAUGAACUGCGGCAUCUCCAAGGAGAUCAGCGGGUCAACCUCUCAGCCAAUUGGCAAGGGGCAGUGCACGGCCACAGAGGAUCACAGAGGGAGAGGAUGGGAUGAACUGAGUUUCUCCAAGGGAGACAGCAUAGAGGUUGUUGGUUUUCUUAUACCAGGACUGCAGUGGUUUGUGGGGAAAUCCACAAGCAGUGGGACCAUUGGCUUUGUCCAGAGCAAACACAUAGCGGCAGAGACUUGUGAACCUCUGGGAAAGUGUUCAGUGUUUCUAAGUGAAGAAGAGAAAUCCUCCCUUCUCCUCCUCCCGGGCAAUGGCAGCGAGCAGCACUACGCCGGCCUCCUCGAGGACUUGGCCCGCACAGACAUCACCUCUGUGUACAGGCUUGCUGGUUUUGAACCCACAGCCAUGUUCCCAGGAGGGCCAUCUGAGGCUGCUCUCCAGGGGUGUAAGGAUGUCCAGCUGUUCAAGACCUUUGGGGAAGCUGCUGCAAACGGCCUGUCCACACCUAGUGACUCAGAGCAGUCUAGCCCGGAGGGCGAAGCACCCCCCACUGCCCUGGAAAAAUUUCUUCUGCGGGAGCCAGAUGACCUCGAUGACCCCAAGUUCUUUAUUGACCUGAACGCUGGGCACAUGGAGGACUCUGAAGUCUUUGACCCCAUACUGACCUUCCUUAACCAAGGGUGCUAUGUGGCCCCUUUCCAAAGCUUCUAUGACCUCUCCUUUUCCUUCCUCCGCUCCACUUUUUAUGGCUUCUCCGAUGAGGACAAACUGGUCUUGUACCUUGAGACCUCCAGAAACUGUGCCAAGAGGACUCACCUAGGCUGGGCUCAUACCAGGCUCUGUUUCCUUCUGGGCAGAAUGUGCAUCAAGAGGGUAAAGUUCUCCCAGGCCCGGGUUUAUUUUGAAGAAGCCAUGAGUGUCAUGGACAAGGGGUUUGAUGACCUGCCCCUACUGGCUGCACUGCAUGUGAACCUUGCUGCCAUCUACCUGAAGCAGAAGAUGAGGCACAAGUUCUCCUCCAUGCUGGGGAAAGCGGUGGCCCUGCUGGCCUGCUUGCCUGGACACUGUUUCAGCUCCGAGAACGAGUUGGAGGUUGUGAAGUAUGUCCUGAGGGAAGCCAUCAUCGUGGGCAAUGCCCCCUUGGAGGCCCGGGCCUGCUUUCUUGUUGUCAAGCUUUUCCUGCAGUUGGGCAAAUAUGACGAGGUCCUGCCCUUUGUGGAGCGCCUUCAGUUCCUCUCUACCUGCUUCUCCAGCCAGGACUCCAGUGCAACGUGCUUGGACACAACCCCUAUCCUGAGCUACCUCUAUGACAAGAAGUACUUGCCGUACAUCACGUUGGCUUCCACCAGGCUGUUUGUUCCCAGUGGCAUAAAGGGGGCACCGACACCCAUAUGGAGAACUGGCUUAGUCCUCCAAAAUAUCUCCAAGCUCUUGGGAAGCCAGCUGGGCAGGAGCAGCAUCCCAGCAAUUGCUUGCCUAUAUCUCAGGCAUGCAUUGAACUUCUCCCAUGAGAGUGGAGCUGUGUCCACGCAGAAGACCUUGUGUUCUGUCUUGUCCAAAAUGUACCUCCAGCAUGGCAUGUUAGAUGGAGCACUUUAUUACUCGGCCAGAGCUGUAGCCCUUGGCAGGCUGAUGAGUGAGGAAGAGGCCUUUGAAUCUUCCCUCUGCUUGGGGUGGAUGUAUGUUCUGGCCAGCCAGCCGGCUAAGUCUAGGGAGAUCAUGUUGCGGCUCCUGCAUUCUCUGCGCGAGACAGACAGUGUUACUCAGGAUGGGGCAGUUCACAACCUCCUGGCCAUCGCCCUCAAAGAAGAAGGACAGGUGAAGAGGGCAGCAGAGAAUUACCUAUGGGCCUUAAACAAAGCCAAGGAGACUGGCAACAGGCGGAACCAGGCUAUUGCCCUGGCCAACCUUGGACACCUGACUCUCUCGUGCAGGGCGACCCAGCUGGCAGAGAGCUACUUCCUCCAGUCUGUUCGACUGUACAUUGAACUCCAGGGUGGGGAAGAUGCAGAGAUAGAGCUGGUGCAGGUCCUGCUGUGGCUGGCACAGGCCAUGGUGAGCAGGCACAUGAUAGAAGACAGCAAACUCUGUUAUGAGCUGGCACUGGUGUUUGCCCUGAAGUCACACAAUGUGAAGAGUCAGCUUCAUAUCACUGAGUCCCUCUGCCAUUUCUACAGCAAAGUAUCCCCAAAUCUUGGGGCCUGCAUUACCUACCAUGAGCACUGGGUAUCUCUGGCACAGCAGCUUCGGGACAGAGAGAUAGAAGGGAAAGUCCUGCAGACCCUCAGCCGGCUCUACCAGACUCUAGACAUACCCAAGUCCCUGAGACGGUCUCUGGACUGCACCAAACAGAGCUUAAGGAUCUUCAUUGACCUGGGGGAGACAGCCAAAGCGGCUCAGGCCUGGCUGCAGGCUGGGAGGCUCUAUUAUCUCCUGCAAGAGGAUGAGCUGGUGGAAAUGUACUUCCAGGCAGCCAUACAGACUGCACUGAAACCAGGGGAGUUGUUCUUGGCCAUGGACCUGUAUGAAGAGGCUGGGGAUAUCUUUUUCAAUGGCAACCGAAACAGGCACCAAGCAGUGGACUAUUACAGGGGAGGUGCUGUGCCUUUGGCCAGGAAACUGAAGGCCACCAGGACAGAGCUGCGGCUGUUGAAUAAGCUGGCAGAGCUGCACAUUGGGCUGCAGGGCUACGAGAAGGCCCUAGAAUUUGCCACGCUGGCAGCCAGGCUCAGCAGCAGCAUAGGAGAUCAGUUGCAAGAGCUGGUUGCAUUUCACCGCCUGGCUACGGUGUACUAUUUCCUGCAGAUGUAUGAGAUGGCAGAGGACUGCUAUCUGAAGACACUUGCCCUGUGCUCUCCAGUGCUGCAAUGUGCGGAAGAGGCCAUGUACUAUUCCAAGGUUUACUGCCGCCUUGGCAACCUGACCCUGCACAAACUGAAGGAUGAACACGAUGCCGCUGCCUAUUUCCUGUUGGCCCUGGCUGCUGCCACUGAGCUGGGAGACCAGAAGCUCCAAGGCACCAUUCAUGCCAAGCUGGCUCUCAUAUACAAUGCUCCCCUGUGGCACAAGGGCCCGGACUGGUGUGCUACAUAUCGGGCCAGGUGGCUGAGCGAAGGAGGACAUGUUGUCUGA